AUGCAACAACCGGAUGAGGGGCGAAAUGAAGCGAACGCUACUGCAACGGAGAAGCAGAAGGCACCCGAAAUCGUGAUUGACCCAUCGCAAGUGUCCACAAAUGGUGGACCUACGGUGGCAUCGCACACCUACACCGAAGCACUGGGCGUAGCCGGACAGGGUUGGUUCCACACAGUACUACUGCUUGUCACCGGCUGCUGCCUGAUGAGCGUUGUCAACGAAACCGUGAACGUUGGCUUCAUCAUCUCGGCGGCGGAAUGUGAUCUUGGGCUGAGCUUCAGUGACAAGGGACUGCUGAAUGGGGCCGGGUUCUUAGGUGUUGUGUCAAGUUCGUACGUCUGGGGGUUCCUCUCCGACACCUGGGGUCGUCGACGAGUACUACUGCUCGCAUCGGUUGGUGCUCUCAUCACAUCGGUGUUGUCCACCUUCUCACCGCAUGUGUGGGUACUAAUCCCUGCUCGCUUCAUCGUAGGUGUAUUUGUUUCGGGCAAUGCGGCAACAUCGUACGCGUACCUGGCGGAGUUCCACGGAGAGUCAUCCCGGGCCAAGGUCAUUUCAUGGGCAGCCAUGUUUAUGGCGAUUGGGUUGAUCUUCCUGCCGGUUCUUGCAUGGGUAGUGAUACCACUCGAUACCGAGCUCGAGCUGUACCUGUUCGGCAUGCGGUACUCGAUGUGGCGCGUCUAUCUUCUUCUCUGCUCGCUCGAUCUGAUUCUCAUCAUCGCCGGGCUGCUGUACCUGCCCGAGAGUGGAAAGUUUCUGCUCACCAGCGGUCAGCAGGAGAAAGUGGUGCAAAUUUUGGCCAAAAUCUAUCACCUCAACCGGGGCAAACCCGAGCACACGUUCCCCGUCAAAGCGAUCACCCUGGACGCGAUAGAUAGCGCGUACGCCGACGAGAUGCAACGCCGCUCUAACCUAGGCCUACGGUACCUCUGGCAGCAAACGGUACCACUGUUCCGGGCACCCUUACUGCUCCACACGCUCAAGGCUUCCGUGCUGAUGUUCGGCCUGUUCGCCACCUCAUCCGGCCUGUUUCUCUGGGUACCGGACAUCCUCAACACGUACGUCCAGCACGAGGAGCUACCCCUCUGCGAGGUGAUCGCGCUGAUGCACGCGAACAAGACAACCGGUCGGGAUCACGCCAACACCUGCCCGAUGCCGGUCGAUGCGAAUGUCUUCAUGAUCACCACCGCCAUGGGUGUCGUCUUUCUGGCGUGCUACAUCCUCAACGGUUUCAUCAUCAACCGUGUCGGCAAGAAGGCGUUGCUGAACGGUUGGUUCGUGGUGUGCGGCCUCUGCGGGCUCGCCGUGCUGUGGACUUCCGAUUUCUAUCUAACGCUGGUACUGAUUGCCGCCUUCGUCUCAUCUGGCUGCCUCGGUGGCGUCCUAAGUGCAAUAUCGGUCGACCUAUUUCCGACUAAUUACCGGGCGAUGGCGAUGUGUCUCAUACUGAUGACGGGCCGGUUUGGUGCGAUGGCCGGCAGCAACAUUAUCGCCUAUCUGCUCACCUACAACUGCAAUCUGAUCUUCAUCCUGUUCGGUGGCUCGCUCUUAGUUUGCGCUCUAAUUGGAGCAACCUUAACGGAAACGUGA